CUUUUCCAACCUUUUGUGCACAAAAAACAGUUGCUGAAUUGCUUUCACUUUCUUGCUUUGGUUUUCAAACAUUCAGUUGUUGAAAUGGGUGAUGCGGUUGUUGCGGUCCUUGUGAAGGAGGUGGUGCGGAUACUGGGUUCUUUAGCUAACCAAGAGCUUGCUCUACUCAGGGGACUCAAAGGCGAUAUUUUGAGUCUUCAGAAUGAUUUCGAGCAGAUCCAAGCUGUUCUUCAAGAUGCAGAAGAGAAACAAGUCAAGAAUAACACUGUAAAGAUAUGGCUUAAGCACCUCAGAUCUGUCUCCUUGGAGGCAGAAAAUGUGCUGGACGAGAUCUCAACUGAGGCUUUGUUGCAAAGCCUACACAAAAAAAGAGGCUUCAAACACAGGGUAAGAGCCUUCUUCUCUCCCGAUCAUAAUAAGUUUAUGUCCCGUGUUAGGAUUGCUCACAAAGUUAAAGACAUAAGAAAGAAGCUUGAUGACAUUGCAUUUAAGAGAUUUGAGUUAGGUUUGAUCCCUUCGGAUGCUAUAAGUGAUGUAGAUGAUAUGGUAGUUGAAAAUGAGAUGCCAAAUAGAGAAACUAGCUCGCUUAUACAUGAUUCUUCAAUCAUCUUUGGAAGAGAUGAAGAGUUGGAGAUGGUGACUAAAGCGAUAUGUAACCAAGAUGUCGGAAAUGGUGAGGUUCCGGUGUAUUCUAUAUGGGGUAUGGGAGGUUUGGGAAAGACCACUUUAGCUCAGUUAGUUUAUAACCAUGAAAGGGUGAAGCAAUGUUUCGAGUUAAAAUGUUGGAUCUAUGUUUCUGAAAAGUUCCAGGUUAAGGAGAUAAUGAAAAAAAUCAUCGAGUCCAUAGAUGAUUGUGGGUGCACACUUACAUUGCUAGAUAAGUUGCAAGAGUCCCUUCAAAGCAGGUUAGGGGGGAAGAAAUUUUUGGUUGUACUAGAUGACGUUUGGGUUGAAGAUGAUGAAAAUGAAAAGAGCAUGUGGGAGGAGCUAAGAAAAACAUUAAGGUGUGGGGCAGAUGGGAGUAUUGUUGUGAUGACAACACGAUCACAAGCAACUAGUCAAAUGUUUAGUAAGGUUCCCAAGUUACAACAUAAACUGGGAUGUUUAUCAAGAGAUGACUCGUGGUCACUAUUCGAAAAGCUUGCAUUUGCACCCGGAAGAGAGAGAGAUAACAUAAGUGAGCUAGAGCAUAUUGGAAGGGAGAUAGUUGAGAAAUGUAAAGGACUACCUCUAGCAGUGAAGACCUUGGGUAGCUUAAUGUGGUCGAAAAGUAGUACAAGCGAUUGGCAACAUGUGAAAGACAACAACUUAUGGGAUUUGGAUGAAGUUAAAGUCGUGCCUGCUAUUUUGAAGUUAAGCUAUGAUAAACUGCUUCCACAUUUAAAAAGAUGUUUUGCUUAUUGUUGUUUAUUUCCAAAAGGUUGUGAAAUCGAAAAGGAUGUACUGAUUUCGUUGUGGGUUGUUAAUGGUUUCAUUCCACCCAAAGGAGGAAAAGACUUGUAUAUGCUUGGGGAAGAAAUUCUUAAUUGCUUUGUUUGGAGGUCAUUCUUGCAGGUUGUUAAUCCCGGCAAAUUUUCAGAUGGUAUUUACAGAUAUAAAAUGCAUGAUCUGAUGCAUGACAUGGCACAUGAUGUGAUGGGACAUGAUUGUUUGGUUAUGGAGCAUGGAAGUAACAAGGCUGAAAUACCAGAAGCGGUGGUUCAUUUGAGCUCGUCACGCCAUAUUAAGUUUUCAGAUGAGGAUUUACGAAAGUUAACAUCGUUAAGAUCAAUAUUCAUGUUCAGGAAAGAGGCUGAAUGUAGCAAAAGUUUCAAGCAAGCUUAUGUAAGGGUAUUACACUUGGAUGGUAUUUACUUAAUGACAUUCCCUAAAUCCGUUUGCAAACUCAAACAUCUAAAAUACCUGAAUUUAUCAAAUUCAAGUAUAGAAGUUUUACCCAAGUCAAUUAUGUAUCUCCAAAACUUGCAAUACUUGAAUUUAUCACGUUCAAGCAUUAAAGUUUUACCUAAGUCGAUUAUGUAUCUCCAAAACUUGCAAUACUUGAAUUUAUCACACUCAUAUACGGAAGUUUUGCCUGAGGGGAUUAUUAAUCUCCAAAACUUGCAAACGCUGCGUUUGUAUAAUUGUUAUUCGCUGCGUAAGUUGCCUAAAGGCCUGAGAUACAUGAGAAAUCUUCAUUGUUUGGACACAUGUGGUAUUUUACUCAAAGAUUUUCCAGAAGGAAUCAAAGAACUAACUAGUCUCCGAAUACUUUCAAGGUUUCCAGUUGGUAAAGGGGAUGUGGCCAAAAUUGGGGAAUUGGAGGAUUUAAAUCUACUUGAGGGCAAGUUGUGGUUAGAAGGGCUAGAGAAUGUUGGAAGUUUAGAAGAAGCUAAGAGUGCUAAACUUGAAUGCAAAAGAAAUCUAUUGGAUUUGUUGUUGCGUUGGUCUAAAUAUAGGGAACUGGAACUAGCAGCACAGCGUGUAGUUGAUGAAGAGGUUCUGGAGGGACUAGAACCAAAUCCGAGUCUCAAGAAAUUGACAAUAUAUGGUUACAUGGGAAUGAUUAUUUCUCCCAGUUGGUUGCUGAAUUUAAAAAAUUUGCUUGAAAUUAAAAUUUCUAUGUGUAGUCGUUGUGAGCAUAUUCCAUUACUUGGGAGAUUACCCAAUCUUAGGAUCAUUGACUUGAGUUACAUGGGUUCUUUUAAGUGUUUCCUUGAUGACGACACAAACAUGUUAGGAGGUACCACCGAUACGUUUCUUUGUGUAGAAGAAUUACACAUCAAUUACUGUCGGAGUUUGGUUUCCUUGCCAAGUAACCUUCCAAAACUCAAGGUUUUAUACUUAGAGGAGUGCAAUGCUUUAGUUUCUCUACCGGAUGAGAUUCAGAGUUUCAAGCAUUUGAAAGAACUUACUAUAUCAGACUGUGAACAAUUAAGGAAAAGGUACGGAAAACAAACGGGUGUAGAGUGGCAUAAAAUUUCUCACAUUCCCCACGUCAAAUUUCUUGACCCACUUUAGCAACUUCUUUGUGAAAGAGUUGCUACUGUAGCUAAUUGUACAUGCUUCCCAAACAUGAUGUACAACUCUUUCAGGCAGCCUCUAUGUUUACAUUGCCACGUGUUGCCACCUAGCAUUUCUUUUCUUAAACCCACACACGUGAGAGCAGGACGCCGCCCCACCACCGUCAACAUCAGCCUACCGCUACCGAUUCUUUGAUCCGAUAAACAGAACCUUCGGCAGGUAUUGGUUAUUUUUUUGGGGUCUUUGAAAACUGCAGCUUCAUUGACGGUUGAAAGGACUAAUCAAGAAAAUAAACAGAGAUUUGUGUGAUCAAAGUCAAUGCAAAGGUUACAACUCGCUGCCGUCUGUUGCGUCAAAGUUCUUCGAUGUAUUUUCGAAGCCGUCCAUGGUGGAAAAUGCAAACUAGAGUCCAACAACAAAUUGUGAAAAAAGAAACAGAAGAAAGUGAACAAGAUGGUGAGUCAAUUACUGACUCAGACUCAGUAAUCUUGAAACCAAAGAUCUUCCUGAAAACGAUGAUGGUAAAAAAGAAAACACAAACAUUGUCGGACAAGAAGAUUUAGUCAUGGGUUGACCGAGUUUCAUGGAAGUGGACGUUCAAUAUGGAGAAAAUGUGGGAAACAUGUAGGAACUACGUGGGCGAUAUAGUCUUUUGUUUAACUUUAUUUUGUAUUUAAGCACCUUGUUUUUCAUUGUAAUGUUACGAGAUUUAAAUUAAUUUAGAGAAAUUUUUUUUGUCA